AUGACUGCAACACGUGAACGCGUCGCAGAUGCUCUCAGGUUCAUGAUUAGUAGAAGAAAGUUCUCUGACGAUUUCGAUCCCAAAGAAGAGACUGAUCUUAUACUCAACAAUCCACAAGCUGUUGUUGAGCUUAUUAAUGAUGACGAAAUACGUCCUCGUAAAAGGGCACAAUGGAUUCGUUUCAUCAAGCCUAUAAUAACAAAUUAUGUUAGAAUGAAUCCAAAAGAUGAAGAUGCAAACAUCAAUCUCAUGAUUGAAAUGUUUGAAUGUUUGAUCAAAAACUCAACUUCAGUCAACAUACAAAUAUCCAAUGCUGCAAGUCAAGAGUUCAAUGCAAUUACUGAACUAUCAAUUUUUCCACUAAAAUUCAUUUCCAAACUCCGCAAACACUUGAUUCAAUUAGUUUCCAAUGAAACAAGUCAAUCCCAUAUUACUAUAUACAUAUCAUUGCUUCAGAACUUGAAACCAUCAAUGCAAUUCCUCUUUAACAUGCUACCAUCAAUGUAUUUCUGCAGAGGAACUAUCCUUAAAGCUAUGACGAAAGCAAAAUUCGAUAUUGCUACAGAUGAUAUUGAAAUAUUUGUGAAUACCAUUGUAAGCGAGUAUUUCAAUGAUUACAUUGAGGAAUGUAGCAAGAUUCUUGGAAAAAUAAAAAAUGAGUCUCCUGAUCUUUGUGCAAGUAUUAGUAACAUCUUUCAUCAAUUAUUAUUGAAAUCAACAAAAGCAUUAUACAUCAUUGAUGCUUUUCCAAUUCCAUCAGAAGUUGAUGCCUUAGAAUUGACAAAAUAUGUUAUCAAGGUUCAAAUCGAAAACUAUGAAAAUAACAAUAAGCAAAAUCAAGGAUAUGAUUGUGAGAAAUAUCAUAAGCUCACAAAAGAUCUUUUAAUGUAUCAUAAUUCAAUAUUCGAUGAUACAAAUAAAAUCGACUAUCAAGCAAUAGAAGACUGGCUUAUGAAAAGGUUGGACAAGUCAUACAUUAAUCAGCAAAAUUCUGAAGAUAGAUUAUAUCCAAGAGUUUGCUUUCCUGCAAUGAUGUUAAUGAAAUUACACCAAUAUUUAUCACCAAAUACAAUGGAUGUUGUAUUGAAUUUAUUUAAUGACAAAGAUAAUCCAUACAAGUAUUGUGUUUAUCUUUUACUUCUGAGGAAGUACUAUCUUAGAAAAGAUAAUGCAGAAGAGUUUCUUCCAAUCAUUCAAGAAAUAUAUAAUCAUGAUUCUCCAUUAAUAAGAAGUGAAUGUGAUUGUAUAAUCGAAGAAAUAGCAAAAUGCGGAUCCAACGAAAUAGUUUUGAACAUUUUUAAUUCCUUUGUUGAAUUACUCAAUGGAAAUCCUGAUGAAGAGACAAUGAGGCGCAUAUUUGAAAGUAUGCGUGUUCUUAUUUUAAGGAUUGAUUUAGAAUCUGCCAAAAUUCGUGAUAUCAUCUCAUUCAUUCAAAAUCAGCUUGAGACUCAUCCAAAUUUGAAGGAUUCACUCGGUCAUUUGUUCCAGUCUUUAUUGAAACAAAAUUCCAUUGAUGUUGAUUUACUCAAGGAUAGUUUCGAGUUAUUUGAUUUUAAGAAUGAAGACGCAAUUAAUUGCUUCAAUUGUUUGAUCGAAAAGCUCAGGAAUUUUGUAACCAAGCCAAAGGAUCAAAUCAUGAAAUUAUACAAUAUAUUAUUCGACAAUAUCAAUGAGCUCACAGAAGGAUAUAUUUCACAAUCAUUAUGGAAAGAGAUUUCCGCUAGCUUCCAAUAUAUGUUUUUGGAUUCGCAUGAUGAUCAAAUUGUACCAAAAGAUCUUGUAAAGAAAAUUGCCUGGAUGCUUACUUGCAUUUAUGUAAAUACAAAUAUUCAGGAUGAAAUAAGAGCAGAAGCUUUCUUUACAUUUUCCAAGUUUUUCAAUAUGGUUAUUUACAAAAAUUAUGAUUCAUACAGUGACGUGAUAUAUGAUUUGCUAAGUCAAGUUAGAGGUGCAGACUUUCCUGAAAAAUGUGAAUAUAAAAUGGAUAAUUUUGAUGCACAUUGGACUGUAUACCACUUGGCUCAAAAAUCAGAUUCAUAUAAAGAACUUCUAAGAAAGAUCUGUAGAAAGUUGCCAGAAGAUGAUUCUGAAGCAAGGCGCUUCAAAACUUAUGUGAUCAAUAAAUUUGGGUUUAUAUAA